AUGGAAAUCCCACAACCCCUCCAAGCCGCAGGUCCUAUUAGACCAAUAACCUGCGUCGAGAUGCACACAGCAGGCGAGCCGACAAGAAUAAUCUGGAACGGCAUCCCGCCUAUGACAGGGACACUCCUCGAACAACGAGCGCAAGCAAAAGCGCAAUUCGACGAAUUCCGCCGCGUUCUCAUGCUUGAACCGCGCGGCCACUAUGACAUGUACGGCGCGAUCUUACGCCCAGAAACGGAGCUUGUCAGCUCAGGAAAGGCCCAUAUAGGUGUUCUGUUCAUGCACAACGAAGGGUUCUCGACCAUGUGCGGACAUGCAACUAUCGCACUGGGCCGUUUCCUUGUCGAUGUUGACGAGAACGUGUUUCCUCGUCGGAAGGAAUUGAAAUAUGACGCUGUGUCCCGCACAACGACUCUCAAUCUGCAUGUACCAUGUGGCGUGGUCGAGGUUACCGUCCCCAUCUUGGAGUGUGGGAAGUCGGAUGCGUCACGGCCUGUUUCGUUCGUGUCGGUGCCGUCGUUUGCUACGGCCAUCUCCUUGCAAAUUCCCCUGCCCGAGAAGUACCGCUGGGCUGAGCUUCGUGGCAAGACUGCUGUUACAGCGGAUUUUGCUUAUGGGGGUGCGUACUACUGUAUGAUUAGUGCCGAGGAAUUGGGAUUCCCGAGUGGCCUUGGUGAGGUUAAGUUGCAGGAUAUGGAUCAUGCGACGAAGUUACUCAAGGCGGCGGUGGUUACAAAUCCAGAUUUGCAAUAUCUCACUCAGGAUGGUCGGACUGCUGAGGAGGGGUUCUUGUACGGAAUUAUGAUCACUGAUACGCGACUGGGACAUGUUAGUGCCUCAGAGGGAACGGCAGCUGCUCGUGCGCAGUUGGAUGUUACUAGUGAGGAAACGGGACUCUGUUUCUUUGCAAACCAGCAGAUUGACCGUUCUCCCACUGGAAGCUGUGUUGCUGCGAGGGUGGCCCUCGCAUAUGCCAAAGGAUCUUUGCCUAGAGGUGAGAAGAGGAUCUAUAACUCUCUAGUGACUCGUGCGUAUAGAGGUCUUUCUGGAUUUGUUGGAUCUGUCUUUGAUGAUGCUGGCAUAAGUGGAGGAGACAAGCAGAGUGUUCGAGUCUCUGUCGAGGGAUAUGCGUAUUAUACCGGAUAUCACUCCUUUGUGGUAGAGAAGGAGGAUAGCCUUGGGGUGGAUGGAUUCUCUGUGAGGGAUAUUGCUUUGUAG